AUGAACGGCGCUGCUGUAAGGAGCCGCGGCGUGACGACGGGGCAGGUACUGAGCCUCUUGCUUUUGUUCGGCGUUUCCGACUGGGUUUCCGCCGCGAUUCGCUAUGCGAUCCCCGAGGAGGCGCGGAGAGGCUCCGCGGUGGGGAAUGUGGUAGCCGACCUGGCGCUGGACCUCGGGCGGCUGCCGGGACGCCGGUUGCGGGUGGUGUCCGGCGGCAAUAAGAAGUACUUCGGGGUGGAUCUGACGAGCGGGGCGCUGCUGGUGAACGAGAGGAUAGACCGGGAGGAGCUUUGCGGCGCGCUCUCUCCCUGCUCCCUCGGCUUUGAGAUCGUGGUGGAAAACCCGCUCGAGCUGUACAGCGGCACCGUAGAGAUCCAGGACAUCAAUGACAACGACCCGGUUUUUCCCAGCAGCCAGGCGAGGCUGGAAAUCAGUGAGUCGGUGGCUGCCGGAGCGCGCUUCCCGCUAGAGAGCGCGCAAGAUCCCGAUGUGGGAAUUAACUCUUUGCAGACCUACCAGCUCAGCGCCAACCCGAACUUUGCGCUCGACGUGCAGACCAGGGUUGAUGGCAGCAAGUAUGCGGAACUGGUGUUAGAGAAGGAGCUGGACAGGGAGGAGCAAAGGGAGCUGAAUUUGGUCUUGACUGCGCUGGACGGAGGCAGCCCGCCACGGUCGGCCCACGUGCAGAUCCACAUUGACGUUGUAGAUGCCAACGAUAAUGCCCCGGUCUUCAACCAGUCCACCUAUAAGGCGAGUGUGAGGGAGAACACGCCCAGCGGUACCCUGGUCGCCAGGAUCAGUGCGUACGAUCUGGAUGAUGGGCCCAAUGGAGACAUCGUCUACUCCUUCAGCAGCCACACCCCUGCCAAGGUACGAGAACUCUUUGCUCUGGACUCAGCCACAGGGGAGUUGAGGGUCAAGGGACAGCUGGACUAUGAGGAAACAAAGUUGUACGAGAUUUACUUACAGGCUAAAGACAAGGGGGCCGUUCCUGGUGUGGCUCAUUGCAAAGUGCUGGUGGAAGUCGUGGAUGUGAAUGACAAUGCUCCAGAGGUGACAGUGACUUCUGUGUACAGCCCUGUGCCUGAAGAUGCAGCCCCAGGGACGGUCGUAGCUCUGCUGAGUGUAACAGACUUGGACUCCCAUGACAACGGCCUGGUGAACUGCUUUAUUUCCCCUGGAAUCCCGUUCAUGCUCAGCUCCUCCCUCAAAAAUUACUACACUCUGAAAACAGAAGGAGCUCUGGACCGGGAAAAGGCAGCAGAGUAUAACAUCACUAUCACAGCCAAGGACUCGGGCUCACCACCCUUGUCUGCAGUAAAACACAUCCUGGUGCAGGUGUCAGAUGUCAAUGACAAUGCGCCCAAGCCAUCCCAAGACUCCUAUGACGUCUAUGUUCUGGAGAACAACGUGCCUGGCAUCCCCAUCCUUAACGUGAGCGCCACAGAUCCGGACCUCGGGCGCAACGCCCACCUCUCCUAUACCCUUUUACAGGGUGACGUCGCUUUUGGCCAUCUCUUCUCCAUCAACCGGGAGAAUGGCACCAUCUACCUGCUCACCUCCCUGGACCAUGAGGACCAGGUGGAGUUCAGCAUGAUGGUGCAGGUCCAGGACGGUGGCUUUCCGCCUCUGGCCACUAAUGUGUCGGUCAGUGUGUUUGUCACUGACCUCAAUGACAAUGCCCCAACGGUGCUGUACCCUCACCCCAACAGCACCACCACCUACACCGAUGUGGUGGCACCAGGCACUCCUGCCGGGCACAUGGUCACCAAGGUGGUGGCGGUGGAUGCGGAUGCAGGGUACAACGCCUGGAUCUCCUAUACCCUGUUACAGGCCACUGACCCCAGCCUCUUCUCGGUGGGGCUGCACAACGGGGAGAUCUUCACGGCCCGCCAGCUCCGCGAGGAUGAUGCUCCUGAGCACACCUUAGUCAUCCUGCUGAAAGACCAUGGGGAGCCUGUGCUGUCCACCAGUGCCACCAUCUCCAUCUCUGUGGCUGAAAUGGUCAAGGAGGUUCUCACUGACCUCACUGAUGUGGCCCCUGCCAGUGAUCCCAGGAGACAUGUGACUUUCUAUCUCAUCCUGGCUGUGAUUUUGGUGUCAGCAGCCUUCUUCAUCACCAUGUUGUCCGUGGGCAUCUUCAAGUGCUACAAGUGGAGACAGUCAAAGGAACUGUACAACAGCUCCAGGAAUACCAUGUACAGGACACCAGGGCCCUUCCACCACAUUGAUGCCGUGCGGGGUGGCUUCACGCCACCCAGCUUCUACCACCAGGUCUAUCUUACCACAGACUCUCGCCAGAGUGAUCUCCUGUGUAAAAAACCCUUCACUUCCAGCCCCUUGGGGAGCCGCCAGGGCACCAUAAGGAAUGGUGAGCCAGGGCUGUACCACCAGAUUGUGGGCACCACCAGCCGGCUGCCCACACCUGCCGAGGUAAUGUAGCUCCUUCCUUGGCGUGUCCCAGCGCUGGGCAGAACCGCGGUUCAUUUGUGCUGUACGCGUGUGGUUACGUGUUGGGGUUGGGAGCGAUAUCCAGUCGUGCCAGGUCUCUAAAGAGUUCUGCUACAGCUGAACAGGUGUUCUCUGGAGCCAAAUGAGACAUCCUGAGGGCUGAUGACUUUUGCACUGUGAUGAGCAGGAUCAAGUGAGUCAGUUUGUACAUGUUGGCGAUGAUGCAUCUUUUGGACGUAGUUUUGGGUACGCCUUGCAUGAGUAACCAGUGGAGGCUGAGGUCAGCUUGAAACCACUUGUUAAUCCUUGGCACAAAGUUUGUUGUUGAUGGUAUUUCCUUCCCUUUGCAAAGGGAGAGCCAAAGGGAGCACUUGCUCUGUGGGGGGAAUGUAAUCUCUGUGUGCCGUGACUCGGUGGGGGCUGGAGAGGUGGCGCUGCAGAUGGGGCAGGGAGCUGGGGAUCAGCGUGUCGCCUCUCACAGUGCAGCACCCAAAGGUGAAGGAUGGUGCUGGUUCCUCUGACAGACAGUGGUCGCAGAGCAGUCCUUCCAUGUUUGACACCUGAAUGGUUCUGGUUUUAUUUCCAUGCAAUUUCAGUGCUGAUGUUCGCUUUGCGGGGGUGGGCGGGAUUGCAGACUGCCCCAGUUGCUUGCAGGGCUCCGCUGGGCUGGACUUUGGCUCUGAGCAGGGUGGUGAGUCCUCCACUCUGAUGUUGUUCAAAAACCCUGUUACAAGCUCUGCAUGAUUUGCAAUAUGCUGUCUCUGGGUGAUGUCUGAUGACCUGACAGAACAAACUGCAGGCUGGAAGGCGUCUGCGCAUGGCAGCAGCUUCUGUGCUUCUCUCCCGAUGCGAAUUGUGCUGCUUAAUUUGAAAGCUUUCAAUUAAAGGAAUGCUUCAGUCUUCAGAGGUGAGGCCAGGUAGUGGAUCCAGUGGAAGGGGAAUUUGGAUCUGGUGCAUUUCCAAGGUCGUUGGUGCUGGUAAUUUGUCCUUCCUGGGAGGCAGUGGGUAGGUGUGACUGGUUCCUCAGAGCAGAAGGAAGUGAGGUGCAGCGGAAGCUGUUCACGGGUGUGAGGCUGCGAGUGCUGCAUGCUCAGUGUGGCCAAAUCACAGAUGGAGGCAGAAACCUCUCAGAAUUAUUUUAUGCCUUUUUUUUUUCCCCCUGCUUGCGUCACUGCUCAGACUCAGCACUUCUGAUUUGUGGCAGGUGAGAAGGGCUGCAGCAGCUGCGGGAGCAAGUGCUCCUCUGCAUUGUGUGGGCUGUGCUGUGGCUGGGGACAAGGAUGUCCCCUCCAUCAAAACGUUCUGAAAAGAUGCCUCUGCUAGUGAGGGAAAUAAAUUAUUUGAGAGUGGGGGUGGAAGGAGGGCAGAAAGCCUGAGCCUUAGCCAUGAUUGCCUCCUGCUCCCCAGUACUGCGCUGGAAAGGCACUGACAGUGAGAAAUCACCUGGGCUGGCUCUGGGCUCUGGAUUUUUGGUCUUUGUUGUGACAACAGACCGUGUCAAGCCUGCAAAGGCUUUACACCCCCUUGCUCUGCAGGGCACAUCCAGCCCCCAAAAAGUGAUGCAGUGGGAAGGGUGUUUGCCCUGCAUAUGACUCCUGCCAUGAAGGAUCCUACCCUGCAGGAUCUCCAGUGAUCCCUGGGUUGUCUGGCUUGGUGUCUUUCCACAGGGUGAGCUCUGACCCUGUGGAAUAAAGAACAUCUCCUUCUCCAUCCUAGACACCCCAUACCCUUCCCACCUUGUCACACCGUCCCCAUCCCAGGCUUUGGCAGACCCAAGCAGCAGCAGGAUCCGCCCUGUAAAGCCCUUGCUCGGUCCUUGGUGACCGAGCCACCUCAGGACACCGAGUGGGUUCUCCCAGGCUACGUGGGCUUUGCAGAGGGCUUCUGCUGAGGCACUGCAGCAGCACCAAACCCAUCCCCAGGGGUGCAGCACCCUGUAUUGCCAGCGGAAAGCUCUGUCACCCUGCUGCACUGUCCUGGACCCUGCCUUGGAUGGGGACAGGGCACAUUCCAGUGCCAAGGUUACUGUGACAGCUUCCUGCUGGUGGCACCGCCAGGAGCCCUGGGGGAAUGAGAAUGUCCAAGCAGAAAUUGGUCUCUGUGCGCUGGGGAAUCCCUUGUCCAGUGUUUUUCUGCACUGUCUCUUUAAGGACACCUUCUCCCCUCCUCCGGAGCCGGCAGUAGGUGGGACCCGGGCAGUGUUCUCACCAUUCUUCCCGGUGUCUCUCCCUGACUGGCAGCAGACUGGUCCCGCCUCACGGCUCUCGGAAUAGGCAGGGAGGUGCUGCAGACGGGAGGGAGGACCCUCGACUGCAGCACCUUCACUGUCCCUGUUCUUGCCAGAAUGAUGCUGUCCCUUGUCACCGUCCGCCGUGCCGGGCACGGGUGCCCUCAGCCUCUCUCACCUAUUCCGCAGGUUCCCUCUGGUGCCCAGGUGGUGGGGACAGGCAGGAUCCCAGGCAGGCGCUGGGUCCCCUGUUUGCCACACCACUGCAGACCCCAGCCCCCAGGGUCUGCGUGCACCCGAGGGAGGGUCAGGGUGGCCUUCAGUGCACCAAGGACAAAAGACAGAACGGUAUUUUUACAGAAGCAUGUAGUGACAGGACAUGAGGGAAUGGUUUUGAACUGACAGAAGGUUUGGAUUAGAUAACAGGUAUAAAAAUUCUUCUCUGUGAGGGUGGUG